GGGGAGCUGCCGCUGCGCGCGGCUGGACGGGCCCCAGCCAUGGCCAAGGACCCGCGGAAGCCCCGGCUCUGCCACAUGAUCAAGGGGGAGACCGGCUACGGCUUCCACCUGCACGGCGAGAAGGGCAAGAGCGGCCAGUUCAUCCGCAAAGUGGAGCCCGGCUCCCCGGCCGAGGCGGCGGCGCUGCGCGCCGGGGACCGGGUGGUGGAGGUGAACGGGGUGAACGUGGAGAAGGAGACGCACCACCAGGUGGUGCAGCGCAUCAAAGCGGUGGAGUCUGAGACCCGCCUGCUGGUGGUGGAUAAGGAGACAGACGAGUACCUGUGCGGCCUGCGGCUGACGUGCACCGAGGAGAUGGUGCACGCCGGGAUCCCGGUGAACUCCAACGCGUCGCCAGCCAAAUCGCCCGGCAGCGACAACGGAGACGUUUGGAAACCGCAGCUGGAGCUGAGCGGCGGGAGCCUCCGGAGUCACUCGUCGCACAGCUUCACCUCGGAGAGCGGGAAGAAGGAUGUCAAUGGACCAACACAGGAGCUGCGUCCGCGUCUCUGUCACCUUAAGAAAGGCCCCAGUGGCUACGGGUUCAACCUCCACAGUGAAAAGUCCAGACCUGGGCAGUUCAUCCGUUCGGUAGAUCCCGAUUCACCAGCCUCUAAAGCGGGCCUCCGACCCCAGGACAAGCUUGUCGAGGUGAACGGGAUAAAUGUGGAAGGCAUGAAACACUCUGAGGUUGUGUCAAACAUCAAGGCCAAGGAGAACGAAGCCAAGCUCCUAGUGGUGGAUCCCGAAACGGAUGAAUACUUCAAGAAAUUGGGGAUAAUCCCCACGGAGGAGCACAUCAAAGGUGGAGUGCCUCAGCCUAUUACUAACGGGUCUGCACAAACCCAGCUGAAUGGAGGAUCCAUGUCUUCAUCCCAUAGUGAUCUUCAAAGUCCUGAGAAGGAAUCAGAGGAGGGAGAGUCUGAGAAGAAGGACCCAUUUGAGGAAAGUGGCCUGAACCUGAGCCCGACUGCGGCAGAGGCCAAGGAGAAAGCGCGCGCCAAGCGGGUGAACAAGAGGGCUCCGCAGAUGGACUGGAACAAGAAACGGGAGAUUUUCAGCAACUUCUGAGCCAGGACGGCAGCUCUUCCCCUUCUCCCCACCCUCCAAACUGAACAUCUCCAACGCGCACCAGCCCUCUUCCUGGCUGUCGACCCAAGACGCUUUGUGCUCUGCUCUUCAUUGGUCGCUUUUUGCAAGGCAAAUUUUUAAAAAGGGUCGUUUAUGGACAAGUGAUUCCAGUAGAAAGAUGACCAAAGCUCCUCCCAGCACUUACCCGGCUGCCUGCGGUUCCCACAUUGCUGCUGAAGAAAGACUGGAAAGAUUUCAGUUUUCCUUCUUACCUGCUUUAUUUUGGUUUUUACUAUUUUGAGCUUCCCCCAGCCGCAGAAUCCCCGGUGGGAUAUUAUGCAUUCCUGUUUAAAAGCCUUGCGCUGAGGGCUCCCAAACUGCAAACUCUUAUUCGUUUCAAUUCAAAAUAAUCUAGUUUGUUAAAAAAAAAAAAA